GGGGUUAUUUUUUUUUUUAUCACUGUAGCCAGGAUCACAGGACACUAUUGGAGAGGAUGGCUUUUUCGACCUCCUCUCUCGUUUCCAGGGCAACAGAAUGGACGACCAAAGGUGCACCCUAAUGGAUGGCCAGAGCCAACCCCCUGCUCAUUCCUCUCCCUCCUCCACCCCACCUAUAGCUGAAACGAAAUCUAUUUUGGAGUGCGAAACACCAUUGCAGGAUCCUGGUCAUUUCCUGGAGCUGCUGGCCAGCUCCCAGGCCCGUCGUCUGGACGACCAACGAGUCAGCCUGAACCAUUUUCCUGGCUUACGUCUCAACACCUCCAACCUGCCUCGUACACCCUCCACCUCCAGCAAAGAUCAAGUCCACCCACAAGCCCCCACCUCCAGUAUAGAUACCUCUCACAUACCCUCCCUGUACAGUCACCUCGAGGUAAACGCUGAGCAGCCUGAGGGGGAUGAUGUCUUCUUCGACAUGCUAGUGAAGUGCCAGGGCUCUCGACUGAACGACCAGAGGUGUGCUGCUCCACCCUCUAAAACUAAGGGACCAACUGUUCCAGAUGAGGAUUUCUUCAGUCUCAUCCUGCGUUCCCAGUCUAACAGGAUGGAGGAGCAGCGAGUCCUGCCACCCCCUGGCAUCACCCAAUCCAAACCAGGCUGACCCCAUGAGUGAUUGUUUUUUUUUUUUAUUGUCUCAGGAUAACAGAUGAAGUAACAAAGCUGUUUUGUUGUAACCCACAAUACUCAUGAGCUCUGCCUUUUUGGAUUGUCCUGACAACGUUCCUGUGAGACUGCCAAGAAUACAAGGGACACUAUAAAGAAUAAGGGUCUCAAAAAAUACAGAACUGUUCAUUAUGACUGUAAAUCAUGGGAAAUUUUUUCGCCGACUUGUUUUUUUUUUUUUAGAUGCCUACUCUGGAGGCUUGCAUCAAGCCACUCAUUCAAACUGUGGGUUGUGGGGUUUGUGUUUGGACUAAAAAGUACUGUAUUCUUAAAACUUUAGCCAAACUGAAGGGAUUGAUGAUGGACCUUCUAUGAACCCAUCUCAGAGGUUCUGAAAUUAAGCAAAUUGGAUCAUUGCACGGCCUGUUCUGCCAAUCUGUGAAUACAUUAAGUCUAUCAGAGUGGUACAUCUUGGUUUGAAUUGAUCUCAGACCUCUUCAACUUGGAGGUCAAUUAACAAAUCUUCUCUGGGGAAAUGAGUUCCACAUCCACCACUACUGCUGCACUAGUGGCUAAUGGAGCCAUUUUUAGAAUCUGUUUCCCUAUAUUGCUUUUGAAGACUUCACUGAUCGUUUUUACAUUGUUAAAGGUUGUAUGUAUGGAGUUAUUAUUGCCAUGAACUGAACUGGGAUUUUUUUCCCCCCAUUUUAACAAGAUUUUACAGGGGCUUAACUAGUGUGAGGAGUGGGGGUUGGGAGAAGUUAUUGUAGCUUUUAUAUUGAUAUUCUCCUGACAAUGGAGAAAUAAAAUCUCAUGAAUUUACAUUA